UCUCAGAGUGCUCCGUUCAGAGAGAUUAUCAAGCAGAGAUUAACUGCUGCUGCAGGAGGAAUCUCAGAGGUUAAGAAACGAUCGUCUGGGGAUCGACCGUCAGCGCGGACUGCGGGAUAUCAGCCGGAGACCCGAGAUAAAGUCACAGAAUAGACCUCCCACAGCAACAUGAAGACUAAGGAAGAGGAGGGUCUGGAUGACCAGCAGGUCUGUAGCCAGGAGAGGAACUCCAGUCUGGACCAGGAGGACCCAGAACCUCCACAGAUUAAAGAGGAGCAGGAGGAACUCUGGACCAGUCCGGAGGGAGAGCAGCUUGUAGUGAAGCAGGAGACUGAAGAGAUCAUCGUCUGGACCGGGGAAGAGCGUCUCAAGCUGCUGGAAACAAUCUGGAAACCUGAAACAAAGCCACAUGGCAUAGAUCUUCCCCAGCAAAUUGACUGUAAGGAAGAGGUUCCCACAGACAAACAGGUCUGUAAUGAGGAGAAGAAGUUCAGUCUGGACCAGGAGCACCCAGAUCCCCCACAGUUUAAAGAGGAACAGGAAGACCUUUACACCAGUCAGAAGGGAGAACAGCUUCUGUUGAAGCAGGAGACGGAGACCUUAAUGGUGACUCCUACUUAUGAGCAAAAUGACCACAGUGAACCAGAACCAAAGAGGGACCAACUCCUUUCUCACAACUCUUCUGAAUCAGAGAGCCAAGGUGAGGAAGGAAGUGACGACUCAGGAUUAACCAGGAAUGUAGAGCUGAAGAAGAGGAAACAUGACAUAAACAGAAGUCAGAGUAGCACAGAUGAUAACUCUUCAGUAUCAGAGAGUCAGUGUAAAACUGAUACAAAUAAAAAGUGUCUAACAUGUGACACUUGCGGUAAAACGUUUCGUGAUAACUACAGCCUGACUAGACAUCUCAAAGUCCACACAGGUGAGAAACCUUAUUCUUGUACCACUUGUGGGAAAAGAUUUAGUGAGCCAUCAGGUAUGAACAGACAUAUGAAAAUUCACACUGGUGAGAAGCCACAUUACUGUAGCACCUGCGGGAAAAGAUUCGGGCAAACAAUAAACUUGAAAACUCACAUGAGAAGUCACACAGGUGAGAAGCCAUAUUCUUGCAGCAUCUGUGGGAAGCAAUUCGGUUACAUGAUAAACUUGAAAACUCAUAUGAGAAUCCACACGGGUGAGAAGCCGUAUUCUUGUAGCACUUGUGGUAAAAGUUUUAGUGACUCAUCAGCAUUCAAAACUCACAUGAGGUUCCACACAGGUGAGAAGCCGUAUUCAUGUAGCACCUGUGGGAAAGGAUUCAGUCAUAUGAUAAACUUGAAAACUCACAUGAGAAUUCACACAGGUGAGAAGCCGUAUGCUUGUGGCAUCUGUGGGAAAAGUUUCAGUCAGAAAACAACACUGGAACGCCACAUGAGAAUUCACACAGGUGAGAAGCCACAUUCUUGAAGCACUUGUGGGAAAAGGUUUUGUAAGUUGUUGACAUUUAAAACUCACACUAGAUUCCACACAGGUGAGAAGCCGUAUUCAUGUAGCACCUGUGGGAAAGGAUUCAGUCAUAUGAUAAACUUGAAAACUCACAUGAGAAUUCACACAGGUGAGAAGCCGUAUGCUUGUGGCAUCUGUGGGAAAAGUUUCAGUCAGAAAACAACACUGGAACGCCACAUGAGAAUUCACACAGGUGAGAAGCCACAUUCUUGAAGCACUUGUGGGAAAAGGUUUUGUAAGUUGUUGACAUUUAAAACUCACACUAGAUUCCACACAGGUGAGAAGCCGUAUUCCUGUGGCACCUGUGAGAAAAGAUUUAGUUAUAUGACACAGUUGAAAAGACACCUGAGAAUUCGUAGUGGUUGAAAGUUUCACUCUUAGAAAAUGUGAGAGAGCUGUUGAUGUAGGAGUUUGUUGAAGGUAGAACUCACACUGGUGAGAAAUCAAAUCACCUGAGGGAAAAGACGACCCCCUCCUCGUGCCUACAUGGUAUAUUUUCCGUCCAGAACAAUAAAGAACUCUGAACAAUGGUUUUUUAAAUUUAUUUAUUUAUUUUUGGUCCUUUUCUGCCUUUAUUAGAUAGUGUAGACAGGCAGAAAAGCAGAGUGGAGAAAGAUGUACCAAAAGGCCUCAGGUUAGGGCUGAGUGAUAUGGACCAAAAGUAAUAUCUCAAUAUUUUUUAGCUGAAUGGCGAUAUACGAUAAUAUAUCAAUAUGUUUUCUCUCCAAAAGGUAUAAACAAAAAGGCACUUCUGAGUCAAAAUAACAUGUCCCAAAUAUCACAUGGGCAUUUUUAUUAAGAUUCAGCUGUAGAUGUACAUGAGAAAUUGUUCAAAAAUAAACUAUUGGCAUGUUUAAAUAAUAAUGUUCCUCAAAUAAAUUGUUUUUUUCCUCCAUAACAAAAGACUCACAGCUGUGCUAUUAACCCUUAUAGGGUCUUCGUUUUUUUGUUACAGAAAGAAUCCUGCUGGGUCUGGUGGACCCAUUGCAUUUCAGGGCUUUUAAUUUAACAUAAUCAAUUAUCUUUUUGUUAAUAUACUCAGCAGAUGUUUACUUUAUCCCAAUUGCAAGUAAUAUAAUUAACACAUGGGUUAAAUUUGUGGUGUUUACCUUUGUUAAAUCACAUUUAUGAAUAGAAAUGCCACUCGUUUUGGUAAUUUUUUUUAAUUAAAAUGUAACAUA